GUACGGUGGAGAUUUCUGGUGGUAUUAUCGUCUGUUCGUCUGUGUCGAUAGAUAGUUGGGAUGAUAGAUAAUAUUGUGAUUAAAGAACUCAGCAAAGAAGAACGGCAGUGACAGAGUUGCAGUGCAUUGGCAGAAAAAUUAUAGGCACAGAAAUCUAUAUUUUUUUCUGUGGAGAACAUUCACAGAGAACACCACUGGUGAACUUCUUUCAGGAAAAUCAUCAAAUCACCAUAAAGCAUCAACAUCAAACAGAAAGCAAACAUGGAAUCAACGAAUAUUACAAAUUCGGAUCCGUUUAAGAUUCUCUCCGACUUGUGCAAAGAACCUUUCUGGAAUAUAUCCCAUCUGUGGGCGUUGUCGGAACCCAACCUCGGGCCUUGCGUGGAGAGGACGGUACUGGUAUGGGCGCCGUGUGUUCUGCUGUGGGCGUGUGGGCUGCCCUCUCUCCUGCUGCUCAAACGCCGACUUUAUAAUCCCAUCCCGUGGUCGGCUGUCUCAUGCACCAAAGUGAUGGUGUCGGUGCUUGCGCUGGCCGUGGUGGCGACGGAGCUGGCGUGGGCGGCGACAGCUGGCUCGCAGGUCGUGCCGCCAGCUGACUUCAUCGCGCCCGUUGUGCUCCUGGCGACGCAGGUUCUUCACAUUUCGCUCGUGUUAAUGGAGAGGAGAAAAGGUCAACAGACCAGCGGCAUCAUCUGGUUCUAUUGGCUGUUGACACUAGUAUGCGGCCUCCCUCAACUCUACACUUCCAUCAUUGUAAUUCUUCGGAGGGACCGCUCCCUCCCCCCCUUUCUGACGGUGACCUUCCUCGUGCAGUUCCUUUGUUCCGUCGCCCUGUUCCUCGCCAACUGCUUCAGCGACGGCCUCUCACUCACGCAGAAGUUCAACGCGAGUGAAAAACAGGUGCCAAGACUGCAGGCCUCCUUCCUGAACCGCCUCUUCUUCUUCUGGGGCGGAUCCAUCGUGUGGCUGGGCUGGCGGCGCCCCCUCACGCUCGACGACCUCUGGGACGUCGAGCCGGAGAACACGACCGCCUCUCUCGCAGCGCAGUGGGACGCCGCCUUCAGCAGAGACGGGAAGACGGCGCCCGCAGAGGUCAGAGAGCCGGGCAGACUCCGGCCGGCGAUGGUGCCUGUGAGCGGAAGGCAGAGGUCCGUCCUGCAGUGCCUCUUCAGGAUAAUCCGGUGGCCUUUCCUCGGCGCCGGCGUCCUCUGCUUCCUGGCGGAGGGAUCGCGCUUCUUGACCCCGCAGCUCCUCAGCCUGAUCAUCAGCUUCAUGACGACUCCGGAACAGCCUGCGUGGUACGGCUACCUGCUAUGCGCUCUCCUGCUGGCGUCAUGCGUUCUCGUGACCUUACUGAAGAACCGUUAUUUCUACGUGAUGUUCACUCAGUCUGUUAGAAUUCGGUCGGCCAUCAUGACGGCGGUGUAUCGAAAGGCCCUGAGUCUCUCCAGCGCCGCCCGCCGCGACUCCACCGUGGGCGAGAUCGUCAACCUGAUGGCCGUGGACUCCCAGUGCCUCGGCGACACCGGCAUCAUGCUUUGGACCACCGUCAGCUCUCCGACGGUCAUCCUCAUCUCCAUGGUCUUCCUCUGGCAGGAGCUCGGCCCGAGUGUCCUGGCGCGCUAUGGCGACUGA